GAGAUGGAUGAACCCGCCGACUCCGCACCGCAGCGGCUAGACUCGCCGCGGCCGCCGUCUCGAAGUGAAGAGACAUUGAACGGUGCAGUGAAGUUAGGCUUUAAAAACCCCACCAUUGCCGAUAUGCAAACUGAUGCAGCAGUGGAUUCGACAACAGUGACGAUCACCUACGGCACUGCAGAGUCGUCAUUCCAUCAAGGACGUGAGGACCUCAGCGACGUGUACUUUCUUGUGGCAGACUUUCUUCGACGAGGAACACCAUGCUCCAAAGCUGCCUCGGCAUUCGAAGAGGAACUUCAUUCUAUGGGACUCCUUCGGACGACCGUGAAUUGGCAAGGACAUGAACAGCCAGCAACGUACACAGACCUACGUCUUCGACAUCGACGCCUCCCUCCAACACAGCUCGUGUCGAUUCUACGCAAAAGCGCAGAGGGUAAAACCAACAGUCUUAUGCGUCGUCAAGAUGUAGUGGUGUCCACAAUUGAAGAGCGCCGCAGUGCCUUGGACACUUUGAUUCAACUUUGGCGCAACAUCCGAUCGAACGAGCGGAAGGUCCGCAAUGUCACGUUGCUGCUGGAGAAGAUAAAGCUUCGCAAGCAGCACCUGUCAGAGCCAGAUGAAGUGGACCUUGUGGCGGAGCAUCGUGGGGCCAAGCAGUUGAUCGAACUGAAGGCACAGUUGGAGCGUGAUUCCAACACAAGUCGGUCGGUGUGGCAACGCGUGGAAUCGUGGGGAUUGCCGCGUCCUGUAACGUCGGUGACCUCCAAGACCAAUUAUUUCCGCCACUUGCGCCAGCGCAAUGUCGUUGGACAAUCCCACCGCCACCCUCAUGCUCGUUCAACGUCGCUGGUUCCAUUGCAGUCAACGCCGCCAACGUUUCUCUAUAGUCGCUACCGGAAGCUCAAGUCGUUGAGUGGCCAUUUGCAACUUCCUGUUUUUUGCGUCACCUAUGACAAGAGCGGCAACUACAUUAUCACGGGUUCCGACGAUCGCCUCGUAAAGAUUUGGUCGGCACACACAGGAGAACUGCUGUACACGCUCCACGGGCACGUCGGCAACAUCACAGACAUGGACAUUCAUCCGUCGAAUGGAUUACUCGUGACGUCAUCGGACGACAAAACUGCCAGAGUAUGGGAAAUCGCGACUGGGUUCUCCAUCGCUGUCUUGGUGGGCCACACAAGUGACGUGAACACGAGCCGCUUUCACCCCGUGGAAAACGUCGUCGUCACGGCGUCGGACGACGGCACGUGCUGCAUGUUUCGAAUUCCCAAUGUCGACGGCCCGACAGAGUUAGAAACUAAGACUGAAACAGUCCAACGCCUCUUCAAGCAGCAAGCCUACUGCCGCAACAUCAAACCAUUUGUGGUGCUCAAUCACACGAACUCACGACUGAGUCGAUCGAGCAAAGUGGUGUCCCUAGCAAUCAGGUUUGAAGAAACAAAACCACUGGAGGCUUGAUGGGAGCGACGAUACCGACAUUUGUUUUGUUUUGAUCUAGUCCUAGUGGCGAUGUCGUAGUGACCGGUAGCCAUGACGGCAUGGGGCGGGCUUGGCGUAUUCUACAGUUUUUGACGGAACCGACACCUCAAGUGGCGGACUUUACAACGAAUACUGACGAAGUGGAUGCUGUCGUGAAUUCAAUACCUCAUCAAGUUGAAGUGUCCACGGCGAACUUCGUGGUCCAACAACGCGUAGUCGAAGCCCCAGAGGCCCCAGGAGUGGUUAAUCCCCACUGGGCAAACAGCACCAUUGUCACCGAACCGAUAGCUGUUAUGGAGGGCCAUACCCAGUCCAUCACGACUCUAUUGUUCAACCGACGUGGCGAUGCAAUCGCGACGGCAUCUAUGAAGGAUGGUACGUCAAGGCUAUGGAGAUGGUCCACGAAAUCUCCAUACGAGAAAGUCAGCCAUACCAUCUUGCGCGGACCCGAAAUGUUGCUUUCGACUCGUCGAGCGAAGUCAGAGUUGUCGACAGACCAACUUAUUUGGACAUCUGACGAUUCGAAACUGGUCACGCUCCACAGUCGCAAGCCCGAAGUGACUGGCAAGUGGUGCCAAGCCCUCCGCGUGUGGGACCCAGUUGCGUGCAUGCCCCUCCGAACUCUCUCCCACGACACCCAUGGCCACGCGAAUGCUGUCUUUGCCAUGGACAGUCAUCCCACGGACGCUCGUAUCCUGCUCACUGCUGGGUAUGAUGGUCGGAUCUUGAUUUGGGACAUUGAAGUCGGUCGCAUCCUGCGUUUCUUUCAAAACUGGGAGUCGCCGAUCAACAUGGAUGGGUGUGCUAUUUUGGACGUGAGUUUCUCCCCUGAAGGCGAUUCGUUCGCAGCCACAGAUCGAGCGGGUCGCUUACUUCUAUUUGGCACUGGAUCCGGUGAUGCAUUCCAGGGUACCCCAACGGAGCAGUACUUUUCGAAUGACUACGCUCCCAUCGAUCUUGACAUUCAUCUGAACGUGGCCGACCGAGCGACGCAAGUGCAGCCGCAAUUGCUCCCGCGAUCAGUUCUUAUGGACAUGGGGCGCAACGUGUACACCCACCAGCCGGUGCAUCUCAUGCAGCCUUUGAGCGUCCAGGAAUACCAAGCCAAUUUAGAACUCCGUCAAAAGCAAACGAGUGAAACUCCUUACUUCAACAGCGUCGUCGACCAAGAUGCUCAAGAACCGUUCGUCGAUGCCAACUUUGUCGAUGAACCUCUAGAGCGACCGCUGGUCCAUCGACCGACUUUUGUUAAUGCGUAUCGAUUGAAUGGCGAAGCGGUUAAAGCAUCAGAACUGCGCCGUCGCCGACAGCGACAAGCAUCAACGGAAGACCCUACUGAACGCGACACAUCUGUGUUGAACGACGUGUUACCAUCUAGCGAAGAUGAUGACGAGGAUUUUCAAGUGAACGAUGCCGCGCAGGUGGAAGAGGAAGAUGAGGACGACGAUAUGGACGACGAUGACGAAGACUGCAGCGACGACGACUUGGACCACGAGGUUGUGCUGGAUGGAAAUGGUUCCCGUGCACUUCGCAGCCAACGGCGUAGAACUCGGCAAAGUGACAAUGAAGACGACAAGGAUGACGAUGUUGGACCAACAAGGAGACGUCGUCGUGUUCGUGUUGCGCGGAAUCAAGUUGUCGACGAUGAUGAUGAAACAAAGGAAGAUCCACCAUUAUCGCCUCCCUUCGAUGGGACUGUGGCGGACGUCCGCGAAGAAGACUUGGUCGUGGAAUCAUCUGAAGGCGUCACCGUGUUGGGUAAUCAGCGUGACAAGUUCGACGAAACCAAAACGUACUCUCAAAUGUUCACGCAAAAGUCGUCGAUUGUAUGUGGAUUCUGUGGUCGAGGCGACCAAGGCGGAAUGUUCGCUCUGCCAGGAGCCCUCAUGGGAGACUUUGCCUUAGUGAAUGGGGCCCAGCGAGUGUUUGUGCAUGACCAAUGCGCUAUCAGCUCCCCGCUGAGUUUCUUCCACGACGGAUCAUGGUACAAUGUUGCGAAGGAGCUUCGUCGCGGCCGAUUGCUCAAGUGUUUUCACUGCGGUCAAAAGGGCGCCACGAUCGGAUGUAACACUGAGUCAUGCAAGGUCACAAUUCAUCUGCCGUGCGGCAUGGUUCACGGGUACAACGUGGACCAAGUGCAAUACUAUUGCAAAUCCCACGCUGCCAAGUCCGGUGUGCCAUCCUCGACCUCGUCCUCAAUUUCACCAGAGAGUUUCAUUCGACGAAUGGGCCAUCAAUACGACCGUUUAUACUGUCAGCAAAGUGCCGUGUCGAACGAACUGGCACUGAUUCCUCAAGUUGGCGACACGUUGAUGUAUUGCCCUCAAGGUCAUGAAGUCUUUCUGCGUUCGUUUCCAUCCAAGUUCCAAGCGGCGUACAAGAGCCUGCCCAAACCAUUUGCAGUGUUGCAAUGCCACGUUCUCGACAUUCAGUACACAUUCCCUCCCGUGGAUCUCUACCCCCAGCAAAACCGCAUUGUGAUGGAGUUGAUCAUGGACGUCGUGGGGCUCCCGAGUGUUUAUUUUCGCAACGAAGACGACCAACCAAGUGUGGACGUGCUGGAUUUCGGAUCGUUUGUGCCUGUGAACAACUUGUUUGUACGAGACGAGUCCGAGGCCCGACGGAAGUGGCGAUUCCGUCUUCAGCACCAACCUUCGGAGUGCGCAGAAUUCCUCCUACUCGAGCAAAAGUACCUCAGUGGCUUCCAAGCUCCAAGAUGGAAGGUCGGCGCCACUGUGCAGAUGGCAUACCACACAAUGGAUGAUCACGGAAUGAUCCAAAACACUCAAAUGGACACUGGCAAGAUCCUUGAACUGUCUCCGCUUGACCCAGCCAUGACAUCUCCGUGGGAGUGUAUCGUGGUCCAGUGGGAGAACGAAGACACGCCGUGUCGAGUGAGCCCGUGGGAACUCGAGUCUGACCAAACUAACUUUGCCCCACCGGCGAUUCCGAACCGGCCAGCGUUGCUACAAGGUCUCAUGUCAAUCCGGCAGCUCUCGGUCGCCGCUGGCUUCAACGAAGCCGUCCCCACGUCCACACCCGACUACCACAUCACGAUUGCAAACCCCAUGGACCUGAGUUUAAUCUGUCAGCGCGUUGAGUCCAACUAUUUCCGACAUGUGGACGCGCUGUUGGCCGACGUCAAGCUCAUGGUGCGCAACUGCGAAACGUACAACGUCGAGAGCAGUCUUAUCGCCCAAAACGCCCGCAGCGUUCUCACAAACGUCACGACGAUACUGAAUCAGUUGUUUCCCUACCACCCAUGGUUGCCAGUGCUGUCACAUGAAAAUGCCCAGCUUGACGGUGGCAUGGAGAUCAAAGCGUCCGCUGGUGCAAGUAGCACUGUGCCGCCGUUCGUUGCGACGCAAGAUGUGCAACCAUCGCGGCAUCGCCCUUUGAAGCGUGAGUUGGACAGUCAAUACAGCACCAACAAACGAACCACUGCAGAACGUGAGUUGCGCGUCAUGCAAACGAUGCGACUUCCUAUGGCGCAACGGGAAGCGUUUCUAAACGUUGUUGCAAAAGGCAAGCUGGUCGAGUGCCUCACCCAAGUCCACACUCACGCCCAAGCCGAAGACCAGUACUUGAUAUUUGCCCAGCCUGUCACGGACGACAUUGCGCCGGGGUAUUCCGCCAUAAUCACCCGUCCGAUGGACUUUGCCACGAUCAAGGCGAAAAUCCCACAAUAUCCAACGCUCUCGGCGUAUUAUGACGACUACAUGCUGGUCAUGGAAAACGCUAUGACGUACAAUCAGCCGGGGACACUCGUGUUUGCAGAGGCCAAGCGGAUGAAAGCUGUCUUGGCCAAGUGCUUUGGACGAGUGUUGGGGGGUCAAAAAGGAAAAGGUAAAGCCAAAGCUCGUAGACGGUACAGCGAUGACGACGACGACUCGGCGGAAUCGAGCGAGUCGAGUGAUGACGAAGUCGACGAGGACGGUGACGAGAGCGAAGAAGAGGCGUCAUCGACGAGCGAGAGCGAGGAUGACGACGACGACGAAGACGACGACGACGAUGGAGGACGACAGCGGCGGAAACCAAUGCCACCCACCCAACGACACAGGUGAAAACCGAGACCAUUGCCACCACCAACGGUUUAGUCGUGUAAAUAGACAAGGAACAGACUGCUGUGACUACUUUUGUUAGAGUGCCAUCGCAAGUUCCCAUCGUUGGGACAGCCAUCACGACUCACUGAAAU